AGUUGGCAUAGAAUUAGUCUUUGGUCUUAAAUAUCAAAGACCCACCUCCCCAUUUCUCGUACAGCUCUCUUCGACCUUCUUCGGUAACCAGAAAACCUCCCUUGAAGCCCUAGCUUCUGCACUUCGAUCUGUACCUCUCCACAACCACCACCAAGAAGCAUGGGUACUGAAUUGGUGAUGGUCGAUGAGAUGUCUUUUCCUCCACAGGUUACCACAUCAAAGCCAUUAUCUCUGCUUGGUCACGGCAUUACAGACAUUGAGAUACAUUUCCUUCAGAUCAAGUUCACUGCAAUUGGGGUUUAUUUGGAACCCGAAAUUGUGACCCAUUUACAGCCGUGGAAGGGUAAAUCAGGAAAGGAACUUGCAGAGAACGAUGACUUCUUUGAAGCUCUUAUUUCAGCUCCAGUAGAGAAGUUUCUGAGAGUUGUGGUGAUCAAAGAAAUCAAAGGCUCACAGUAUGGAGUGCAACUAGAGAGUGCAGUGAGGGACCGAUUAGCCGCAGUUGAUAAGUAUGAGGAAGAAGAAGAAGAAGCUCUUGAGAAAGUUGUGGAGUUCUUCCAAAGCAAAUACUUCAAGAAAGGCUCCAUUAUCACCUUCAGUCUCCCUGCAACUCCUGCCAGCCCUGCUGAGAUUAGCUUUGUAACAGAAGGAAAAGAUGAAGUGAAGACGAAAGUGGAGAAUGCUAAUGUUGUGGAGAUGAUCAAGAAAUGGUAUUUGGGAGGAACAAGGGGAGUCUCUGCUACAACCAUUGCUUCCUUGGCUGACAACAUUUCAGCUCUCUUGUCUAAAUGAAGAAUGAGUUAAUGGGUUCUGUUCCUUGAACUGGGUGGGUUAUUUCUCCUUUUUUUUUUCGGAUGGCUGUGCUCUUUUUUCUUCUUUGGUGAGAGGAAAUCUGUGUUUACCUCAUUUUGCUAGUAUGUUCAAUGAAAUAAGAGUGGGUUUUAUGUGAUUUAGUGGAAAAAUUUUCUUAA